AUGUCGACAACAAGACCGGAUCCGGUGACGCCGUUCGCGCUCAACACGCCUUUAUUCAACAAGCUCGCUGGCAAGCGCGUCGUUCUUGCAAGCUCAAGUCCGCGACGAAGGGAGAUUCUGGCUACUGUCGGUCUGGUACCGGAAAUUGUUCCAAGCACAUUCGAGGAGAACCUGCCGAAGAGCGAGUUCACUGGUGAAGGAGUGUAUGAAUAUCCCGUCCAGACAGGGUAUAAGAAGGCGCUCGAAGUGUACGAAAGGCUUGUAAGAGAGAACCCAGAAGAUCCACCAGACUUUGUCAUCUCUGCAGACACGGUCGUAGUCAAGGACGAGGUCAUUAUGGAGAAGCCCGUAGACCAACAGGACAAUUUGCGCAUGCUAGCUGAUCUCAACGGAAACAAGUGUGAGGUGGUGACUGGCGUGACGGUGAUCUGGCCCGUGAUUGAGGCACCAGGUUUCCAGAUGAGGUCGCUAUGCGAGAAAACGUUCGUACGAUUUGCAGACAAUCCCUACUCAUUGCUCAAAGCUUACGUCGACUCAAAAGAGGGCAUCGACCGCGCUGGUGGUUUCGCUAUACAGGGCCGAGGCGCUUUGCUGGUACGAGCGAUUGAAGGCGACUACAACAACGUGGUCGGUUUCCCUCUGUACAGCUUCAGUGCUUGGUUACACGACCUGAUCGAGAACGAAGAGCUGGAUAUCGUUGAAGAUGUCUGA